UAUCGUGCGCUUGCUAUGGACUGUUUGAUAACCACUUCCGCUUUUUUCCCUCACUAGUCCCCAUUUGCGUAUACCUUGAAAGAUAGGAAGACAUUGUAGAAAGGUUUUUGUUGGUUUAAACUAACGUUUAGGAGGUCGACUGCUUGAGGAAUUUUAUGGAGCAUAAUAAUGGAGAUACUUCUAGCUGGGCGAUGCAGCGACGAAUGGAAGGAUUGGUCAACAAACACAUGGCAGACAUAGCUCUAGAAACACUCCAGCAGAGACUUUCAGCUGUGUCCGACGAAAUGAACAAUCUUGCGGAACAUGUCUCGAGACGCUCGGAGGAUAUUCCCAAAGAUGAUAUUUCAAGACGACCUGAUGUCAGCUUUGACGUUGAGUCGCUGAGUGCGACGUUUAGCACGGGUGGUGUUGGGGAAAAGUUGUUGAUGCCAGCCACCUCAUCAUCAGCAGAGACGGCUGCCCAGCGUAAGAUCAUCUCCUUGCUGGUGGAGAUCAAGGAGGAGCAGCAGAGACAGUGGGCAGUGUUGAGGGAGCUGCAGGCCAGGGUUCAGGGCCAGAGCUUUCCAGAGGUAGAGGAGGAGGUGGAGGCUCUAGACAUUGACAUCCCUCUGAGGACCUUGGAGCAGCUAGAUGACACAGAGAGGCACCUGGAGGAUGCCGGAGCACAGAAGAGAAUGGUGUCUCACCUGUCACGGAUGGGCGGGGCCACGGUGGAUGAUGCAGUGCGAAGGCUCUUGCAGGCAGUGCUAACUUUCGCUGUGGGCUCUGAGCUCAACUGGGUGGGCCGCGGCCAGAAAAGGAGCUUCAGAAACACCCGCCUCCAAGGGGUUCUCUUCCGUGCUCUGAAAAGAACCCCAGUGGGCAAAGAGGCCACACAUCACCAGUUUGCAGACGUGGUGAAGAAAUGGCUGCGGUACACCCCGUUCAGACAGGGAGGGAGUGGUCGACGGCUUUACAAACCACCUGUUGAGUUCCUGUGUCCAAAUGAAUGUGUAGGUCUGCCUACACAUCCACAGUAACUCUCAACCAGCUUACCGAAAACUUCAAUUAAUAGCCCGGGCGUUUAUUUGCUUAAAUCACUGAACACAACAGGUGCUUUAUUAGAGACCGGCAUCUAUUUCCUUAAUGCAGCUAAUACAGCUUUUACUCAUUUGCAUAGUUAUUGUUUAAUUACAGCAUUCACUUCCAUCAUUUUAAUCAGUUUUUUAAUUUCCUGCACUGUGUUAUCAUUUACACACUGUCACGUUUUUUGUUGUCUUAGUAUGCCUCUAUUUGGGUGUGAAAAACUUUUCCUUGACAGAAUAAAUAUUCUCCUCUUUGACUGUGCAUUUUUGGCAGAUCUUACUUUCGCCACUAGAGGGCAAUCAAACAAUUUCUGGGGGUCUAUACUCCUGAAGUUGUUGACUGUUUUUGUGCUUGCCAGUUAGCUAGCAGUUCUCAGCUUGUCAGUUAGCUAGCAGUUCUCAGCUUGUCAGUUAGCUAGCAGUUCUCAGCUGUUAGCAGCCAAUGACUAGCAGUUUCUUACCCGCGAUAAAAAUAGAUGAUUACCAUUUUUUUAAGACAUUACAGAAUUAUGUAAUGUAACAAAUCCAACAUUAAACCUCGUAAAUAAUUAAUGGUAAUUCAUGGUAACCUCAAACAAUUCAAUUUAAACCCAGCGUUUAUUUGAAACAGGCUUUUAUUUGCUGAAAUAUGUGCCAUUGCCCUGCUAUUAAAAGGGACAGGUGACUAUUUGAGACUCAGUGUUUAAUUGAAGUUUUACGGUAUUUAAAUAUAUUCCAGUGUUUAAAAUGUAUGUAUUUUUUCUAAGUUUGUUACAUUUCGUAAAAUAAGAAGACAUUAUAUUUCAAUAUGAAUAUUUGCAGGUUGGCCCAUGUUACUUCAUACAGGGCCAAACCUGUGAUCUGCUCAAGUAACUCAAGUAACCCCUGCAUGAAUCAUGCAUUGAUAUAAAUUGAGGAUUUGUACUCAAAAUCCAGUUUCUCACACCGUUCUCAAGAUUCUGCCCACAAUGCACAGUCUCCAAUAGACACACCCCAUGAAGCUCCUCACCAUCACAGAUCUGUCUGCUAUGGUGUGGCACUAUCCCUGUUAAUACCUGUGUAAUUAAUUCAAACCAAAUACUGCUGCAAAACCUGUUGAUAAAAGUUGUAUUGCAUUUAAUGCUUUGAAGGUACUGACUAGUAAGCUUUCCUGAAGAUUUUGUCUAAUUCCAGUUAUGAGAGUAUGGGUAAAUAUAUAUAGUUAACCCAAAUGGCCUGCAUGGCUCAUAAUAUGCCAUGGAUGUUAGUUUGUAGUAGGCAUAUGUUUUCAUCCUCAUGAAAACCCAGGCUUCCUGGUUAUUCAGAUCACCUCUUUCUGCACAUUGUCUUUCCUAUAUAGCUCACUCAGUUUUAUGAUUGAAUGUCAGAGACGUGAAAGCAACUUACUAUAUGUUAAAGUCAAAUAAAUGUCCAUAUAAGCUUUCUUGUAACAUAAUACAUUGUACAUGUCCAUAAAUACAUUUUUGAAAAUACAUAUUUCUCAUUCCUGUUUCCUUGUUUUUGUAAUGAAAACGUGGGUCUUUUGCUAGAAAACAAUACAAUCCCAACAAAGCGGGGUGAACGACCCAAGCCGGGGCAAUGGCAUCAGCAAUGUUUUUUUAUUCUGUUGAUAAGAAUGAGUGGACGACGGUGAUAAAGAAUAAUGGUGCUAAAAGUUUGAAAUGAACAUCAGUUUAUUGUUGGAGUGCGGUUCAUCAGAAAGGAUGUUUUUUUGUCUGACCUGUAUAGAGUGAGAUUUGUUUAUUUAUUCUGUAAGUAUGUCUACCAGGAUCUGUGUGUAUAUUCAACAAAAUUCACGAUUCAACAUAAUGUACAAAUAAAACUACAAUUUCAACAAA